CCGUUCUCGUUGCGCACGCGCGUUAGGUGACGGCUCCUGAGCGAAGGGAGCGCGGAGGAAUUCAAGCGAUGAUGCCGACGGACUAACUUAACUAACUUAACCACCUUAACCACCUUAACCAACUUAACCGACUUAACCGACUUAACCGACUUGGUGUCGACACCCGCCCUCUGUGUCGCGGCGCUCGGGACUCCCAACUCGUCAGGACUCCAACUCGUCAGGACUCGACUCCUGCGCGACUGUGCUCCACACGCUCGUCCUCUGCGGUCCCUCCUCAGUCCACAGCUGCGUGGGUCGUCUGCUGGAGGAGGGGGGAAAUGCUCCCUUCCUCGCCGAGGAACAUUCCCGCUCUCUCGGUGCCGUGACGCGGCCGCUUACCUGAGAACAAUGGCCCCGCAGAACCUCAGCUGCCAUUACGACGAGCCCAUGAGCUUUUUCUACAACAACAGCGGCGCCGACGACAAAUGGGACAAGACCCAGCUCAUCUUGGUCCAAGUGGUGGGCUCGCUCUUCUGCUGCUUCAUCCUGGUCUCCAACGCCAUGGUCAUCGCCGCCGUCAUCACCAACAAGAGGUUCCACUACCCUUUCUACUAUCUCCUGUCCAACCUCGCCGCCUCCGACUUCCUGGCGGGCAUCGCGUACGUGUACCUCAUGUUCAACACCGGGGAGAUAUCCCGGAAGCUGACGGUGAAAGGAUACUUCAUCCGCCAAGGUCUUCUGGACAUCAGCCUCUCCGCCUCGCUGGCUAACCUGCUGGUCAUCGCUUUGGAGCGUUACAUCUCCAUCAUGAACUUUAAAGUCCACAGCAACCUGACCAAGAGACGGGUGACCUUGCUCAUCGUUCUGGUGUGGGCCAUCUCCAUCCUCAUGGGGGCCGUGCCCAGCCUGGGCUGGAACUGCAUCUGCAACCUGAGCGACUGCUCCCAGCUGGCACCCAUUUUCAGCAGAAGCUACCUGGUCUUCUGGUCGGCGUCCAACCUGGUUGUCUUUCUGGUGAUGGUGGCCAUCUACAUGAGGAUCUACGCCUACGUCAAGAAGAAGACGUCCUUGCUCACGCCGCACACCAGCGGCUCCAUCAACCGCAAGAGGACGCCCAUCAAGCUCAUCAAAACGGUCAUGGUGGUCCUGGGAGCCUUUGUGAUCUGCUGGACUCCCGGCUUGGUGGUUCUGCUGCUGGACGGACUCAACUGCACCAGCUGCAACGUCAUGAAACUCAAGCGCUGGCUGCUGCUCCUGGCCGUGCUCAACUCCGUCAUGAACCCCUGCAUCUACUCCUACAAGGACGAGGAAAUGUGGACCACCUUCAAGAACCUCCUGCGAUGCAUAGGCAACGGCACGCGCCGGCAGCGGUCCACGCGAGCCAACACCCGGCCCCUGAGCUCCAACCAGGACACGGGCACCAGCCAGCCUCCGUCCGAGGAGGCCAAGAGCAGCGACAAGGAUGUCUACCAGACCUGAGACCUGGACUUUAUGAUCUUUGAACAACAUCUCCGCCACAUGAAGACACUGUACAGACUGGUUGGUGUCUUGAUCUUCACCUGGGAUAUUGUUGGGGGAGGGGCGCCAGCAGGGAGCCGCCAUGUCAGGCCAAAGAAACUUGACGCCACCCGCUAUCGUCCCACUUGCGUCAGGAUCCCAUCGUUUUGGAAACAUAACUCUGGAGUUAUCUCAAACCGGAGUUAAAAUCCCCAGCUGUCAGCUUGUCAUCCAGGGAGCGCUGUUGCCAACUUGGAGGUUCCCCAACAGCUGGCAUCCGGUCGUAUUCCGUGGGUUUUCUCCCGUGGGACUUCAGAGAUGUUUCCCAGAUGAAGUGAAACUACCUCAAGUGUCCGUGCGCUCCCCGCAGGUUGCCCAGGAAUCUUCCACCCCAUCCUUGGCGGGGCGCUUCGCCCAGACAUGAGCACCCCCAAAUAUGGUUUCCACCACCAUUGUGACUGUGGAAUGGUGGAUGGAAAGCUCUUUAGGUGUGGAGCAAGGCGCUGUAUAAAUCUAACCCACGUUAUUAUUAUUAUUAUUAUUAUCAUUAUUAUUAUUAUUAUUAUUAUUAGGAAAUGCUUAUGCAGCACAUUUGUCUUCGUACUCUCCACCUGUCCUGCACUCAUCACCUGAUGGAGCAGAACUUGUUCUCCGUGUGUGUCUGUAUUUCCUGAUAUCCGCCAUAAGUCCCUGGCUGCUUUGCUGGGACCAAACAAAGGCCGGGUUGUAAAAAAAAAACAAAGAUGUGGCAACACACUGGAUUCCUGUCGGAGGUUUGUCAUACAAUAGCCGACCUGCGGGAACCAAUGAGGAUAUGACUGCAUGUCUCUCAGAUGACAGAGCUAUAAAUAGCUGCUUACACUUUAGUUCCGCCUUCUUCACGCAGGAUGGCCUCAUUAAAAACACAAAAAUCA